UCCCUCCCCCAUUCGUUCCGCGACUCGUUCCCUUCGGAGCGAAGUGGUGCGGGGAUGUUGGCCGCCAGGUUAGCGGGUUGUAGGCCGCCCCUCUCGUCGCUCCGCGUGCUGAGGGGGCUCCCGGCCGCGGGGUUUCAUUGCUCGGCGCAGCGUCUCCGCGGGGCCAGAGUCGCUGUGGUCUUAUCGGGAUGUGGUGUUUAUGAUGGUACUGAAAUCCACGAAGCCUCAGCGAUAUUGGUCCAUUUGAGCCGUGAAGGAGCCAGUGUUCAAAUGUAUGCUCCAGAUAUUUCUCAGAUGCACGUUAUUGAUCAUGGCAAAGGACAGCCAGCUGAGGGUGAAUCAAGAAAUGUCUUGGCAGAAUCGGCAAGGAUCGCUCGUGGUAAAAUUGCAGAUUUGGCUAAACUUACUGCAAAGGAUCAUGAUGCUGUGAUAUUUCCUGGAGGCUUCGGCGCAGCCAAAAAUCUGUCUACUUUUGCAGUGGAUGGAAAAGACUGCAAAGUGAAUGGAGAAGUUGAACGUGUGCUAAAGGAUUUCAACAAAGCUGGGAAACCCAUUGGUCUGUGCUGCAUUUCACCCGUUUUGGCUGCAAAGGUUCUUCCUGGUACUGAAGUCACUGUGGGACAUGAAGAAGAACAAGGUGGUAAGUGGCCUUACGCUGGAACUGCUGGGGCCAUUAAAGCAAUGGGUGGAAAACACCAUAUUAAAGAAGUAACAGAGGCCCAUGUGGACGCAAACCACAAGGUUGUAACUACCCCAGCCUUUAUGUGUGAAACAGAAUUGCAUCACAUUUAUGACGGCAUUGGAGCCAUGGUAAAAAAUGUGUUGAAGCUUACAGGCAAAUGAAGUGGAUACCCGUAACAGCAGUGACAAUAACUUUAGGACGUAUGGUCCUUAUAACGCCAACCUAGCACACAAGUUGCUUCUGAGAAUGCUUACAAUUGUAUUGGAAUGACAUGUGUAAUUUUCAGCACUGAAGAAGCUCAGUCCGGUUGAAUCAUGAAUCCCCUCCGUAUUUCAGCAACAGUCUUCACGUCGUCAUAUCUGACAACUUAUUCUGGAGAUGGUCACUGUUUAAGAAAUCUGAAUUGAUAAUGGAAUAAUAAAAACAAUUACAUCAUAACCUC